AUGGCGUCAAACAUCGAUUCAAACAACACCAACAACCCUGACGAGCCCGCCUCUCAGGAUGUUCGCUUCGGCUUCGAAUGCCUUCGAAACAUCAAAGACGGCAAGGUGGAUCUCUCCGGUGUCGGUGAAGCACUCGGAUACACCAAUGUCAACUCUGUUGGCAACCGCUUCCGUAGAAUGCGUGACAAGUACGGGUUUACCGGACUCGAAUGCACUAAUGGCAACGGAAUGACUAUGAAGGAGAAGCCAGCCUCUCCAAAGAAGGAAGCCGAUGGAACUGGAACUCCCGCUAAGCGUCGUCCUGGACGACCCCCCAAGAACGCUGGCCUGCGUAAGGGCGCAAAGGUAUCGACAGCUGAUCUGAUUCCCGCCACUGGCCCUGUUGCUAAGAAUGGUGAUGGCACCGAGGAAGGGGACAACGAUGAUUAA